AUGGUAGCUGGUACAAAGGAAUACAAUCUCGGCAAUUCAUUACAAUCAUUAAAUCAUUAUGGUAAAGGAAGACAUGGAUAUGAUUCCAAUGCUCUUGGAUACUAUCACAAUACGACACUAUCAAAUGAUAACUACAAUUGGAAUCAGUACAAUGAUCCCAGCAAUAAUCGUUAUGGAAAUUAUGAGAAUUUGUAUCCUUCUUACUGCAGUGAUUAUGAUCAACGACGAAUAAGCUCGUGUGCUUACAUAUUGACGAAAUCAGAUGCAUUCCAACAAACAGUUGGAUUGCUUGAAAAACUUACGAUGUGGAAUAUUUUUAGAAAAUCUCGAGAUGAAUUGUUAAAUAUCUGCGAUGCUUAUAAUCUGUACAAUGAAUGUAUCGGUGGUAAUUCCAUAAAGGAACUGUGUUACUCCCGGGAACCAUUUCGGAGUCACUAUGCUACAACUGAUAAUUCGUUAAGUUAUGCGUGCGGUGAAGGAUAUCCACUUCUGUAUAUGAGCUGGUAUUGUAUUCAAGAGGUUGCAAGAGGUGUUACAUAUAUGGAAUGCAUCAAUACCGUUAGAGCUGAACAGAAAAUGGAUUAUUAUCAGCUGUUGCCAAAUUUAUUAAGCGCUUGCAGCAGUUUGCAAGCAUAUGUCCGUUGUAUCCGACCAAUGGUUGAAAGUCGUUGUGGCCGACAUGCAUACCACGCGGUUUUGAUGACGAUACGCCGUUCCAGUGAAAUGCUGUUUCCGUAUUGUACAUUGGCUGCUACGUGAAAUCCCACAGUCCUAACGAUUCCCAUAACACUGCCAGGUACUUUAGAGAUGACAAUUGCAUUUGGGGGCCAUGUGAUGAAGUUGAUAUGUGUAUCGUGCGUGAGAGGGAGUGCUGAAUGCAUCAGUGAUUUGGUUACGGAAGAAAGCAUUGCUGGAGAUGUGGGAAGUGACAAAUGGGCAGAAAAGUUUUGCCAAAAAUUUAUUAAUAAUGUGAAUAUGCGCUCACUCAUUGCAUCGCUUGUGUUAUCUAUCCUACUACUGAAUUUUGAUGCCUUUUGUAAUUCAAAUGGUCAGUUGAGUCAGCGGGAAUCAGCUUCACCGAGACCAUUCUUCCCACCCACUUCGAAGAAAUAUCUUGUUGACUAUUAUACUGGUAAUAAUGCCGAACCAGAGAAUCUGUUAUAUAACUCUGAAAUUGUUGUUGUUAUGUAUUAUGCACCGUGGAGCAGGAGGUGCACCAGAACACGUGUAGUCUUCGAAAAUGUUGCAAGGAGUUUAAGCGCAUCUUCCGAUAUAUCAUUCGCAGCGGUGAACUGUUUCUUUCCGCAUGGAGAAUGCAGAAAAUCUCACAAAACCUACACGUAUCCAGUCAUUGUUGCUUAUGUCGGAAAGCAAAGUUUAAUGUAUACUGGUUUAUUAGCAUCAGAUUACAUAUACAGAUGGAUAUCAUGUUUGCGGAACCCUAUUCGUCGGCUUAUAACUCCAUUUGCUAUGAAAAGCUUUCUUGACGAAUUCGAUGAUGCAGUAAUUGCAUUUUUCCAUACGGAGGUGGCAUUUGCUAUAUCAUAUGAAUUUCAACAAUACGUCCAAGCAGCACUAAUUGUUUUCCAACAUCAAGAUUUACUUGAUAAAGUUGGUUUCGCCGUUGUGACAAAUUCGAGCUUAGCAAUGAGCAUGAAUUCGUCACCGAAAACAUGGCUUCAACUGAGAUCUUGGAAUCGCACUUACAAUUAUAAUGAAUCAAUGACUGCUUAUAAAAUUUUCGAGUGGGUUAAAAGCCAGGCACUCAAAUCAAAUGGUCUUCAGUGGAUUAGUCCAGAAAUGAAUGGUAUCGCAAAAAGUGAGGAGUUACUAUCACUUUUACAACAUGGUGCAACAGUUGUAAUAUUUGUGGAUCGUCAGGUACUUUAUCCCCAUAGCUGGACGAUUUCAGUGGUGAAACAGACCAUCAUGGAAUAUUACACAUGUAGUGCAGACUUAACGAAUCAAAUGAAAUCUAGAUCAAGCAAACUUGAUGCACUGGUUAAUGAAAGAAGUCAAAUAAUUACAAAGAGCAUUCAUAAAUGCCAGAAAAUCGGUGCUCAUACUGUGGAGAUUCGAAAAUGCUGCAUGACAGUGAAAAAUUCUUUGAUGUUUCGUUGUUUCCAGUGUCGUUCCAAAGAAGGAGCGAAUUUUUCGAAAAGUGAAAGUUGCAGCCAAUUUCCAUUGUUUUUUCAUAACGCUUAUUCGUCACUGUUUCAUAAUGUUCCUUGUUUAUCCGUUCUUUCAACUUUAAGUGAAGAGCAGUUGAUGGAUGAUUGCUGUGCACUCUUGAUUUCGAAAAAUCAAAGUUUGGAUGCAUCACAGAGCACAUUUGAACAGUGUGCCAAAUAUAGGCUUGCUCGAGAUCUUUAUCGUCAUUUUUCUGGUUCAGCUCCAUCUACCUGUUACCCGUUUGAUGCAACAUCAGUCGUGGGCCUUUCAUGCGACAAAAAUAAUUCGCUACGGUUUAUCGGUGUUGAUCGUCAAUAUGGUGAUUAUUUACUAAAACGAUUGAGGAGAUCAUACAGUGGACGGACUGUUGCAUUGAUUGUGGAUCCGAGUAAUGAAAGAACUUUUUUUAUGCAAGCCGAGUUUUCCAGGCAUACUUUCCGCGACUUUUUACGCGCAUUUCACAGUGGCUCGUUAGUGCCGCACGUAAUUUCUCAGGCGUUACGGAAAGAAUCGGAAAAAUUGGCACAUGAUAAUUUGUCUGUUUUACCGAGUACCAAUGCAAAGUUAUUUAGAACAGAUGUUAACUCAUCUGAGGAUAUUGUGGUGUUUUUCUCUGGAGGAAAUUGGCAUGGAUCGAGUGCUUCCGUUAUUCAUGUUUACCAUUCAGUGGCCCACUACUUCUAUCCCUUUCUUAGACUAAUCAAAUUUUACAUAAUUGAUGUUUCAUUAAACGAUCUACCGUGGCAAUUUCAAAUGGAUACGUUGCCUGCAGUUUUGUUUUUUCCUGCGGGAAGGAAAUCAUCUUCGUCACGAUUUCCACCUUUAGUUCCACUUACGGUGCCAAAUUUAAUAGCGUUCAUCGUGACGAGAUGUCAGAGGGAGUUACGAUGGCAGUUAGCCUUUUCUUCUUGUUCACUGUUAUGUAUGAAAAGGAAUAGCCUACGUUUGCAGAAGAUUGCUGUCAUGAUAAGGAACGAUAUCACAUUACUGAGAUUACUUGCGUCUUCCAACUACGAACAUUCUCGACUUUUUCGACAUUUAAUACGGAGACGCUCUGAACAACUUCAUUCCACUCGAAGACUUUUGAAGAUGAUGUCGAUGUCUAAAUUCUCUUGA